CCACUGUCAGUCGUGUUGUGACCAGAACCGCUGCACAGUCACUUCCUCAGUCCAGUCCGGAGGACUUUGCUUCUCUCUAGAACCAUGUCUACUGCACGCAGAUUCGAGGAUACUGCGAUCCAUGUGGACGUUAAGGACUAUUAUGGGAAGAAGCUGCAGAAGCAGACAGACUUGAAGAGCAACGCGUGUUUGGCUCCAUCUCAGCCCACUCCCACCCACGUCCUGAAGGCCUUGAAGAAGGUGCAUGCUGACGUCACAGACAGGUACUAUGGCUGCGGCCUGGUGGUCCCCGAGUGUUUGGAAGGCUGCAGCAUUCUGGACCUUGGCAGUGGAAGUGGAAGGGACUGCUACAUGCUGAGUCAGCUCGUGGGCCAGUCCGGUCACGUGACUGGCAUCGAUAUGACUGAAGAGCAGCUGGCCGUGGCCCGGGCACAUAUUGACCACCACAUGAAGGAGUUUGGAUUCAAGAACCCCAACGUCUCCUUUGUCCAGGGCUACAUCGAGGCCCUGUCUGAGGCCGGACUGCAAAAGAACUCCUUUGAUAUCAUCAUCUCCAACUGUGUGGUGAAUCUCUCUCCUGACAAAAAGCGAGUCUUGGCUGAAGCCUACAAUGUCCUCAAGGAUGGAGGGGAGUUCUAUUUCAGUGACGUCUACAGCAGCGACAGGCUGACUGAGGACAUCAAGCAGCACAAAGUCCUCUGGGGUGAGUGUCUCGGUGGCGCCCUGUGGUGGCAGGAUCUGGUGCAGCUCGCAGAGGAAGUGGGCUUCGCUCCCCCCAGGAUGGUCACCGCCAGCGUCAUCACGGUUGACAACAAGGAGCUGCAAGAUGUUCUUGGUGACUACAAGUUUGUGUCCGUUACUUACCGUCUUUUCAAGACCCCAAAAGGAAGUCCUGAGCCACGGCAGGUCAUGUACAACGGCAACAUCACCGGGGUGGAGGGCGCGUUCCAGUUUGACUCCCAGUACACCUUCAAGGUGAAUGAAGUCGUGGAGGUGGACGGUGAGGUGGCUUCCAUCCUGAGCCAUUCCAGAUUCGCUGGGGAGUUCACUUUCCAGCCACAGGGAGGGACCAGCGGUCCGUGCGCGGUCAGACCCCAGCCCGCCGUUGUGGAUCCCUUCCAACUGGUCCUGCAGCGGGGCGAGAAAGGUUCAGCCGCUGGGGGGUGCUGCAGCGCCAAGUCUGCGACCUGCUGCAAGUAACAGGACAGAACUCUCAGAAAACAUGAGUCAUGCUACCUAAGUUGUGCUUGGUUUCUGACAAAUCAGUCACAACAAAAACAAUAAAUACAUAAAUCGCUCUGUUCUUUUGCUGUAAUCUGUGUAAGGUUGCUUCUCAAAUUACCUAAAAUGAAAUGUUUGAUGACUGGAUGGAGUCUUCAAAAGAUGCUUUAUAAAAUUCAGCUUUUGUUUUAUUCAGCAAUGCUGUGUAAAAAAAAGUUACUUCUUGAUCAAUUAUUUUGUAGAUGUAUUUUUACU